CGUAUCGGUCUGAAAGGUAACAGGUUGUACGAGCGAAGCAAUUUGGGUCCGUUCAAUAAACACAAAAAAUUACUCAAGUGGACUUAUUUCUUUAUUGAGUAACACUGAGUAUUAUUAAACGUACAGUUCACCAGACGGAGGAUCACUAAAGCGGACCAAGCAGCAAUAAAGAAAUUAGAAAAGGAUUUAGACUUCUUUGACAGCAGCAGCAUGAGCGCCCCGUCCCCGGACAGGAGGACGCCCCUGGACUACGGCGUCCAGAUCCGGUUCAUCAAGGACCUCCACGACACGGGCGGGGGCGGGGCCCGGAGCGCGGGGAAGAGCGGCGCCGGCGCCCACAAGUACGGCGUGGCGGUGCGGGUGCAGGGCAUCGCGGGGCAGCCCUACGUGGUCCUCAAGGAGGGGGAGAAGGGCGACUCGUACGGGGUGCAGCUGAGGUCCGGCUCCCCCCAGGCCUACGGCAGCCUCCCCAGGAGGAGGGAGGACGGGGGGGCCCCCGGCUCUCUGGCCGGGGAGGGGGGCGGGAGCGCCCUGCGCCGGGCCCGGUCCCACGGCUCCCUGCUGGAGGGGGAGGCCGCGGGGGACUUCUCCGAGCCCCUGGGGAGGCCCCCUGGGGACGGCCGCUCCGGGAGCUAUGGGACUCUGGACGGGGGGGUCGGGAUCGGAGGGGAGAGGGAGAGGGGGAGUGUGGAACCCCGGCCCCCGCCCGAAAGCAGGGGAGGGAGGGGCAGCUGGGGAGGGCCUCCUCAGGCUGGGGUGAACGGGUCGCUAGGGGGCGAGGGAGGGCUACAGCGGGGUAACUAUGCGCCUACAGAGCCCUUCCCAGUCCCCCCGCCCCCCAUAUCGUAUGUGCAGGAUCCCCCCCAGGCUGUGGACAGAAACUCUCUGGCCCCCAUCAACAGACUCAUCAGCAGGUUUGACGGCAGCGCUCCCGCUGGUCCCGCCGGUCCAGCCAGGGGGCGCUCCGGAGCCGGAGGGCGGAUGAAUUCGGAGGAGCACAAGCGCUCCCGCAGCGUGGACAUUGGCGACAGGGCGCCGGACGCGCCGGUGGCCCCUCCCCUCCCCUCGUCCAUCUCCAACCCCUACAGCUCCCCUCCGUCGUCCUCCGCCUCCUCCUACAGCAGUUUGGGGCGGGGCCCCGGGUCCGUCGCCAGGGUGGCGGCCCUCUCUGCUCCUUCAUCAGCCAGCGACUGGUCAGCAGGGAGCUAUGUUGCCAGGGAGCCGCUGCCCGUCAGUCAAACAGAAACACAGGUGACGCCUGACCUGCUGCUGAUGGACCAGGGUCAAGGUUCGGAGGUCAUGACCGAAGAGGAACGAACCAAACAGGCCGUCUACAACAUCCUGAGAUUGGGGGCCAAUGAGAAUGAAUCUGCCACCAAACAGAAAGUCAACCUGGUCUUUGAGAAGAUUCAGGGCCUGAGGACCAGCGAGGGCGCCAGUGAGGCAUGGAGGGCGGAGAAGAGGGAUCUGGAGAGGAGGCUUGCUGAGCUGCAGUCGGCUCUGAGCGUGGAGAGAAAGGGCUCAUCCAGCGCUGACCUCAAGCUGAAGGCCGAGCUGGAGGACUGUCUGGAUGAGAACCUGCAGCUGCAGGAACAGCUGGACAAGAAGAAGAACGAGAUGCACCAGACACACACUGAACUGACCCAGUUGCGGAUGGACAGGGAGUCUGCGGAGUCUCGGGUUCGACAGCUGGAGGACCAACUGUCCGGCCUGCAGGAGGAGCUGAAGAAGGAGUCAGAGAGCAGAGCUCAGUCAGACUCACUGCAAGCGGACCUGAUGUCGGCGCGGGCGGAGCUGGCCGAGGCCGCCAUGCUGCGGCAGCGGCAGGAGGACGCCCUGCGGCAGCGGGAGCGGGAGCUGACCGCCCUGAAGGGGGCGCUGAAGGACGAGGUGGCCACACACGACCGGGAGAUCGAGGCACUGCGGGAGCAGUACAGCCAGGACAUGGAGAGACUGAGGAGCAGCAUGGAGCAGGUCUCCCAGUCGCAGCAGCACAUCGAGGCCGAGCGGCAGCGGGUCAACAGCAGCAUGCGCUCCAUGCAGCAGCAGCUGGAGGACUGCAGGGAGGAGGGCGGCCACUGGAGGGAGCAGUUCCAGUCCACCCGGGAGGAGCUGCGCUCCACCAAGCAGCAGCUGCUGCAGACUCGUCUGGAGAAGGAAGAUUUUGAGGAAGAGCUGAAAGAGCUUCAGGAGAAAGUGAACGUUAUGAAGGAGCAGAUUCCUGACCCCAAGGAAACGAGUGCCCUCACACAGGAGAUGCAGACCUGCCUCGCAGACCUCAAACUGGCCCAGUCCGCGCUGGACAAGCUGAGGGUGGACUUCGACAAGAGGGGGCUGGAGAUCAUAUCCCUCAAGAAAUCCAAUCAGGAGCGGGAGGCGGAGCUGAAGUACGAGACGGACAGGCUGAAGGGCCAAUCGCGGCGGGACAAAGAGGAGCUGGCGAAGGCGCAGGAGAAAGUGAAGCAGCUGCCGGCUCCGACGGUGGUGCAGGAGCUGCAGGAGGAGCUGCUGCAGGCGCGCAGGGAGGCGCAGCGCCACCAGGAGGCGCAGGGCUGCGCGGAGCAGGAGCUGCAGGCGCAUAAGGAGCGGCUGGCCGCCGCGCAGGCCGAGCUGCAGGCGCUCAGGGAGGCGCAGCAGGAGCUGCAGGACUCGGGCGCCAGGCUCAGGGAGAAGGCGGCCCGUCUGGAGGCCAGCCUGCAGUCCAGCGCCUCCCAGAGCCAGGAGGCGGAGCAGGUCCUGGAGGAGCAGAACCGGAGCCUGCGGCUGCAGCUGGAGGAGGCGCGGCGCUCCUCCGCCCGGCUGGGGCAGGAGCAGGAGGAGCUGGCCCGCCGCCUGGAGGAGAGGGAGCGGGAGAAGGAGGCUGCGCGCCGGAGCCUGAACGAGCUGGAGGAGCAGAAGAGGCUGCUGGACCGCGCCCUGGACAAGGCCAACAAGGAGAUGGAGCAGCUGUCCUCAGAGAGCCGGCAGUCUGCGCAGGCUCUGCAGGCCCAGCUGGAGGAGCAGCGGGAGCGUUCCAAGAGGGAGCUGCAGGAGGCGCAGCGGCACGGCAAGGAGCGGCAGGCCGAGCAGGAGAGAGCGCAGGCCAGCCUGCGGACUCUGCAGGAGGAGGUGUCCCGUCUGAAGAAGGAGCUGCUGGCCUGCACUGAGGAGAGGGACAACGCCCAGCUGGACAAGGACAUGCUGACCAACCGUGUGAAGAACCUGGAGGGGGAGCUAGAGAGCCAGAGGGGCUCCCAGUCUGACCGCAGCCGAGAGAUCCGGGGCCUGGAGGACAAGGUGAAGCACCUGGAGCUGGAGCUGGACGAGGAGAGGAACAGCGUGGAGCUGCUGACUGACCGCAUGACACGCAGCCGAGACCAGAUUGAUCAGUUGCGCUCUGAGCUGAUGCAGGAGAAGUCGUCCAAGCAGGACCUGGAGCUGGACAAGAUCGCCUUGGAGAGACAGAUGAAGGAGCUGAGGUCGCGCUUGGCGGACAUGGAGGGCCAGUCGCGCUCCUCUACAGGGGUUUCCCAGCUGGAGAGCAAAGUGCAGGAGCUGGAGGAGCGUCUGCGCAAUGAGGAGAGGGAGAAGAACGGCAUGCUGGCGGGGCAGCGGCGUGCUGAGAGGAAGCUGAAGGAGCUCAGCAUCACACUGGAUGAAGAGAGACAACAGCACACUGAUCAGAGAGACCAGCUGGCCCUGCGGGUGAAGGCGCUGAAGAGGCAGGUGGAUGAGGGCGAGGGGGAGAUGGAGCGUCUGGAGGGACUGCGCAGGAAGGCUGUGAGGGACAUGGAGGAGCAGCUGGAGCAGAAGGAGGCGCUGCAGGCCCGCCUCACUUCCCUGGAGGCUGAGCUCAAGCGGAAGGUACAGCAGUCACGACGUCCUGCUCUGGACUCCUCCGCUCUGAGCUCCGAGGAAGAUGACGACGAAGACGGAUUCUAUGACCCCUCCAGCAUCACUUCCAUCUUGACUGAGAGCCAUCUGCAGACCAGCUCCUGCUAAUGAGCUGACCAGAGAGAUGGGGAGAGGGGAACAAACUAGAGUGCACACUGAGGCGUGUUAAAAUCAGGCACAGAGUACACUACACUGAGGGGGGAAUAAUCAG